UGGCUAGCUUGUUGCACUGCCUCUAAAUUGUGGACAUGAGUUAAUAACGUAAUCACUGCAUUUGCAUUUUCAACCAAAAGUACCUUUAGCUCCAGAAACCCAAAGUUUUAAGGUGACAAGGUUUGUGGUUGUUUAAAUUUUCAUCUAAGUUCAACAAAGACUUGGCAAAUUAGUGCAAUUAUAAAUGAAAAAGCUCCUGUUCAGGUCUGUAAGGAAAGGGUUUGAACUACUUCAAAGAGCAGCAAGAGGAGGAAGUGGCCUUGAGCUGUAAUGUGGCACAAAGCGAGUUCUUUACACAACAAAAUUUAAUCAUAAUCACAAAAUUACAUCAUAUUUCUGAGUCUGCAUCAUGAACAGGACAAAAAAGGUCUCAUCUGGUUGUCGUGACAACAAAGUCUUUACAAGGCCUUUUAAUUUUCACUCUAUUAUGUUUGUGACAGAAAGCCAUCACUCGUUGGUAAUUGUCCAUUAAGGAAGGACUGGACUGAAUGGAAACAGACGCAUCUGGCCUCUUUCAGAAGCCAAUAUCGUCUGUGUCAGGCGUAAAAACCUGAGACAUGUGCUCACACAAGCACACGGAGUCACACAUGUUUACCAGCAUGAGCAUCAGUGUGAUUAAAGGGGUGUGACUUAGCAUGUUAAUAUGUUCUCCCCUUUCCAUUAUUUAUGAGUUCCACUUGAAUGGUAGUUAUCUCAAUCUAGGGCAGCCAUGCAAAUGAAACUGAGGUUACUUUGCAUUUGUGUGUCCUUAUGGUUAGAAGCAGGCUUUAAUUUUGAUGUUUAUAUUGAUAUCUAUCUCUCAUCAUUAUGCAGCGAUAAGCACAGACUCCUCUGUAAAUUUGUUAUUGAAUUUUAAAGCUGAUUUCAAAUGCGCUAUCUGAGGGCUUGGAUAAGGUCACAACUGGGACUCCAAGAGGUUUCUCUUGUCAGUUUUCAGUAACAUCGUGGGCAUGUGAGAGAAUACAGUUGGGAUGCAUUGGCACAGCAAAGUGGCUAAAUCGAUAACAUGGCUCAUCAUACUAGAGAUGUGUUGAAAAAUGGGCUUUUAGAUUGCCUGCAGAGCUGCAGACAGUUAAAUAUUAACUGCAACGGCUGGUUAAUUUUCAUCUUUUUCACUUCUCCAUCCCACUCUCGCUUCUUCCCUCUCUCUCCGCCCCAGUAAAUUACCAUUACCCCCUCCUUUCAUUUCACUUGUCUUACUGCUCUCUCCUCCCACUUCGGGGUGACUGCGUCCUUGGGUGCUGGCUAACCCUCAAAUGAUUGUAAGGGAAGUGCUUUAAUGUGACCGUGAAUCAAUAUCUUGAAGGACAGAGUUCUUUCUGCUAUUCUCACCUGGUGACUCUGGUUUCCAAGGAACCGGUUUGUGCAGUGACAGGAGCUGGUACGCUGAAUUUCUGAGGGGUAAACAGACGUGAUCUUAACACUCAACAGGGAAUGUUGUGUCUGAAAAAGUGGAGAGGAUUUUCUUUCAGAUGCUGAUAGAAAGGUUUGUGGAAUGGACAAGCAAUGUUUGUUUGACAGGACGGGGAAAACCCAGCUGUACUUAAGAGGAGUGCUUACAGAGAGAAAAAGCAAAACUCCCUGCUGCCAGACCAGGAGUGCAGAUGAUGAAACCUGUGUGGCUGUGAAAAUCGAACAGUCCAGAGCUGUAGGCAGCAGCCCGGCGUGGAAACACAGCAACGCGCCCACCGUGCAGGCGUGUCUGAGUCGGGCGAUCAGAGGGACAGCGGACAAGAGCAGGGAAAGGGUCAAUGGAAGAGGAUCUGGCAGCAGGCCCCGGCUGCCGUCUAAACCUCAAGUGCCUCCAAAGCCAGCGCAUCUCCAGAGCCCAGUGACGGCACUCUCACCCCCACUGGGUCACAUGCAGAAACCACCCCUCAGAUCCACCAUGGAGGAGGGAGGAGGGAAAAACGGGGCUGCGAGCCGAGCCAGAGACAAACCCUCCAAAGUGUCCGAUCUGAUCAGCCGAUUUGAGGAAAACAGCAAUACUGAGAACAAGAGAGACACUUCACCGCUCAAACACAUCAACAAAGCUUCCAACUGCAGCCCAGUUAACCGUCCCUUCACGAGGACGGAGGCCAGCAGGAUCCAGGAGAAGCCCUCCACCACACCGGCCGCCACACAGGAUGCCAAGCAACCUGCAGCUAAUGGAGUGCUAGUACAGAUGGAGCAGGACAGGGAGAAGGAGGAGAAGUCUCUUAGCAGUGUGAGGAUAGAGACUGCCAGCCUGGUAAACGGUGAUAUGGGAAGCACAGAACAGAGUGAUGAUCAUUCAGCUCCACAUGCCGACAGAACUGAUGCAAAGGGCCACACUGAUAAUGAGGACAGUGAGACUAAAACUGAAGGCGAGGAAAGGAGUGAAGAAGGGAGCACAGACCAUAAGGAGACAAAUGAACAAAAGCUGUUUAAAAUCGCCAGCGAGCUUUUGCAGACAGAGAAGGCGUAUGUAGCACGACUUAACCUGCUGGACCAGGUUUUCUGUGCUAAGCUAAUGGAGGAGGCAAAUAAAGGAACUUUCCCUGUGGAUGUAGUGAAGAACAUCUUCUCCAACAUCUCCUCCAUCAACACCUUUCACAGCCAGUUUCUGCUUCCAGAUCUGGAGAAACGGAUGGGGGAAUGGGCAUCCACACCUCGCAUUGGUGACAUUUUGCAGAAACUCACACCCUUCCUCAAAAUGUAUGCUGAAUACGUGAAGAAUUUCGACAAGGCCAUGGAUCUGCUCAAACAGUGGACCGAUCGUUCCCCCCAGUUCAAGGCCAUCAUUAAGGACAUACAGAGUCAAGAAGUCUGUGGCUGCCUGACGCUGCAGCAUCACAUGUUAGAGCCGGUGCAGAGAGUCCCUCGAUACGAGAUGCUGCUUAAAGACUACCUGAAGAAGCUGCCAGAAGACGACCCUGACCGAAGGGAUGCAGAAAAAUCAUUAGAAAUUAUUGCCAUGGCGGCUACUCACUCCAAUAGUGCCAUAAGAAAAUCUGAUAAUCUAAAGAAACUGAUGGAAAUAUAUGAGAUGCUGGGAGAGGAGGAGGACAUUGUUCACCCCACUAACGAGUUCAUCAAAGAGGGACACAUCCUGAAGCUGGCAGCCAGGAACACCUCAGCAAUGGAGAGAUACCUCUUCCUGUUCAACAACAUGCUGUUAUACUGCGUGCCGAAAUUCAGCCUGGGAGGGCCGAAGUACACAGUGAGGACACGAAUCGGGAUAGAUGGCAUGAAGGUCCUGGAAACAACUAAUGAGGAUUACCCUCAUACUUUCCAGGUGUCAGGCAAGGAGAGGACGUUGGAGCUACAGGCCAGCUCAGAGCAAGACAAGGCAGGCUGGAUCAAGGCUUUUCAGGAAACCAUAGAGAUCUUCCAGCAAAAGAAUGAGUCAUUCAAGAAUGCUCUGAAGGACGAGGAAGAAGUGUCGAAAGCUGAGCUGGGGAAGCGGGCCCCUCGUUGGAUUCGUGACAACGAAGUGACAAUGUGCAUGAAGUGUAAGGAACCUUUCAAUGCUCUGACACGACGGAGACACCACUGCAGAGCCUGCGGCUAUGUGGUGUGCUGGAAAUGCUCAGACAACAAAGCGCCGCUUGAGUACGACGGCAACAAGGUGAACAAAGUCUGCAGAGACUGUUACUCCAUCCUGACGGGAGAAGCGAUCACCGAAGGCAAGAAGAAGGGCAUUCUAGAGAUCGAGGCCGCUCAGUUCACAGACAGCAGCAUCAUGUGUGGCUUCCUGCAGCACUCUGAGAAAAGCAAACUUUGGCAGAAGGUUUGGUGUGUUAUUCCAGAGAAGGAGUGCCUGGUUCUCUACCUUUAUGGAGCUCCGCAGGAUGUGAAGGCCUUGUGCACCAUCCCCUUACUGGGUUAUUCUGUGGCUGACGGCACAGACUUUCCAGCCAGCUUCCGCCUCUCCCAGUCCAAGUCCGUCCACAGCUUUGCAGCUGAGACUGAGGAGCUGAAGCAGCGCUGGCUGAAAGUGAUUCGAGUGGCGGUGACGGGAGAAAUGCCAGAACGGCCUCAGACCAAUGGCAGCAACAUGUUGGACAACAACACACAAGAACAAAAUCCGGACGGCACAUAAGCGAAGUUUCUGCUCCACACAAACUGCUACGAAACAUCCAAACUGCUGUCGGAUCGUUUCUGAUGAUGGGGUGUGUAGAUGAGUGCUGCAUGCACAAAACCAAACACACACUCCCCCCUCUGUCCUUAAAUCUUACAGACAAAUUGGAACAAUUAGUGCUGGAUAAGCUCGUUUUUCUUUUAUUUUAACUGUUUCCAGGAUUUUCUCCUGCUAGAGCUGUGCUGGAUUACUAACAGACAUUUCUGGUACAAUCAACACUAGAGCAGAGGGCCCUCAGGAAACAGCUUCUCUCCUCAAACAGGCAUUUUUAAGGACGGCCCAGACUGGGUCUGUAUGGACCUCACCACAGAACCCUGUUGAGGUGAGCUGCAAAAGGGCAGCCUGAACAAAGUCUGCUGGUGCUGUAAUUCUGUGUAUUUGUACAGUAAACUUUUCGUUUUUCAUAAAGGAACACUUGUGUUUAAUGUACAGAAAUUAGUCACAAUUUUUAUUUUGCUUCUAUAGAAAGCAAAAACAUCUCAGUAUGAUAUAAAAUAUUUACAGUAUUUUUCCCUUUUUUGUAGAAGAUGGUUCCAAAACAGUAGAAACAAUUACUUAGUUGGAUAAUGAUGGUCUCAUCUCUCCUCAAAAAUCAACUUUAUAAACAGACUCUGGAUGCAUAUCGGCAAAAGCUGUCAUAUCACACGUUUUCUUUGUCAUAAAUUAAACUAUUUUAACAUGUAUAGAUAGAAGCCCUUUGUCCUAAAGUUGGUUGAGCCAGCGUCAUUUGUUGGAAUUGCGUGGGCAGUAGAGGUAAAAUCUUCUUUUUGUGGCAAUAUAUUGUGUAGGAAUAGUACAUUUUUUUAAAAGAUUUAUCUGAGAAACCAUUUGUAGGUUAUAUAACCAAACUUGAAUGUUUUUGGCUCAUGUAGUCAAUUGUGAAUCUGACAAAUCCAGUACGUCAUUCUUGCUUCUUGUUUUCAAAAUUAUCCGCAAAGUAAGCCUGUUAAUCCCUCCAACUUUCAAAGUUCAUGACCUGUUUCGCUAACACAGAUCCUCUGUCUUACAUGUCAAGUCGGCUGUAAGACAGGUACAUAACAGCAGUGUUGUUUCUUAGAAAGCAGAGCCACGGGAGACGUGAGGCGAUCGAGCAGGUUGAGCAGGACUCUGCAGGCAUAUUCAGAAUCAGUUCUGUCCCUUUAAAGGCUUCAGAAGUUUUAAAGAUAAUUAACAUUCGCUAAUAAUGAUCAAGGCUGAUAUCUAUUGAAAGAUUUAUAUCAUGAAAUUGGAAAAAUAAACUUCAUAUAUCAUCUUUUUAUCCCAGUUUUCCUUUUUACUCAAAUGAUCUGUCCUUUAACAAAAGAAGGUCCGUUAUCAAAAUGAGACAAAAGUGUCUAUUUUAUGCUAAUUUGCUCAACCUUUUGGCUUGCACAUUGCUCUUUGUGAUGCUAAAGUGGGGUAUGCAUGUCCAGAGCUCAUGUUUAAAAGGAGAGAUCAUCAUUAUCUUCAUGCAGAAGUUUUUCUCUUCUGAUGCAAAUGCAACACAAUCCGACUUUGCAAGCUGAUGCAGCAAAUGUAAAUGUGUAAUAAUGCUGUAAUUAAUUAUUUAAAGUAAUUUAUAUAGUAUGGCAAGCAUGAGUUGUUGGGCGUAGCACAAAUUUGCUUCUUCGCUGUCAACUGAGAAGUGCAACCUUUCUUUCUUUCUUUUCUAAGCAACGUUUUUCUUAACCUGUGAAAUGUCAGCGGAUGCCAACAGUGCUGGACAGACUGAGGGGAAAUGUGCCUAUAUCCUCCAUAGUGACUCAUCACCUGAUGCUCCUGUAUAUGCAGUUCCCUCCUGGUGCUCACAUCAGUCUCACCUCAUAACUUUCCCUGCUCUUCAGUAUUCAAAUAAGGAAAUAAAAAAAGUUAAAAUGAAACAAGAGCACAAAAUGUUUGUUGGAUCUGAAUGUAAAUCCAGAUUUUUACGUGUCUCAUCACCUCCCCAAAGGUUUGAGAAUCUGCGCACUUUAUAGUCUAAAAGUGUACCUUCAAAGAAAAUAAAAUAAGAUUCAAUGAUAAACAUG